GGCGCGUUGUUGAACUUCCAGCUCUGACUCCAGAGCUUCACUCAGUCCGGGCGGACGGACGCGAGGAGUGGCCGGUGGGGACGCGCGCGGGAUUCGGGCGGGCGGGCGGGCGGGCCGGCCGGGUGGCGGCGGGUGGCGGCGGAGGAGCGGGAGGCGCGAUGGCCGAGGGCAGCGCUGUGUCCGACCCUCAGCACGCCGCGCGUCUGCUGCGGGCGCUCAGCUCGUUCCGGGAGGAGGCGCGUUUCUGCGACGCGCAUCUGGUCCUCGACGGCGAGGAGAUCCCGGUGCAGAAGAACAUCCUGGCGGCGGCCAGCCCGUACAUCAGGACAAAGUUAAACUAUAAUCCUCCAAAAGAUGACGGAUCCACUUAUAAGAUUGAACUUGAAGGGAUAUCGGUAAUGGUUAUGAGGGAGAUCCUGGACUACAUCUUCAGUGGGCAGAUCAGGUUAAAUGAAGAUACAAUCCAAGAUGUUGUGCAGGCAGCCGACCUGCUACUACUGACGGACCUUAAAACGCUGUGCUGUGAGUUCCUGGAGGGCUGCAUAGCGGCAGAGAACUGCAUUGGCAUCCGGGACUUUGCGCUGCACUACUGCCUGCACCACGUGCAUUACCUGGCCACCGAAUACCUGGAGACCCACUUCCGAGAUGUCAGCAGCACGGAGGAGUUCCUGGAGCUGAGUCCACAGAAGCUCAAAGAAGUGAUCUCUCUCGAGAAGCUGAACGUUGGCAAUGAGAGAUACGUGUUCGAGGCGGUGAUUCGGUGGAUAGCACAUGAUGUAGAGAUGAGGAAGGUCCACAUGAAGGAUGUCAUGUCAGCGCUCUGGGUUUCGGGGCUGGAUUCCAGCUACCUGCGGGAGCAGAUGCUGAAUGAACCCUUGGUGCGAGAAAUUGUCAAAGAGUGCAGCAACAUCCCGCUCAGCCAGCCACAGCAGGGGGAGGCCAUGCUGGCCAGCUUCAAGCCCAGGGGCUACUCGGAGUGCAUAGUGACCAUCGGCGGGGAGGAAAGAGUGUCACGGAAACCCACAGCGGCCAUGCGAUGUAUGUGCCCUCUCUAUGACCCUAACCGGCAGCUGUGGAUUGAGCUGGCUCCUCUGAGCAUGCCGAGAAUUAACCAUGGAGUUCUUUCAGCAGAAGGAUUUCUGUUUGUGUUGGGGGGCCAAGAUGAAAACAAGCAGACGCUGAGCUCGGGAGAGAAGUAUGACCCAGAUGCUAACACAUGGACUGCACUCCCACCCAUGCAUGAGGCAAGACACAACUUUGGGAUCGUGGAGAUCGACGGGAUGCUCUACAUCCUCGGAGGGGAGGAUGGCGACCGCGAGCUCAUUUCCAUGGAGUGUUACGAUAUUUAUUCCAAAACCUGGACGAAGCAGCCUGACUUGACCAUGGUCAGGAAGAUUGGCUGCUAUGCAGCUAUGAAAAAGAAAAUCUAUGCCAUGGGCGGAGGCUCGUAUGGAAAACUGUUUGAGUCUGUGGAGUGUUACGACCCACGGACCCAGCAAUGGACUGCCAUAUGCCCACUGAAAGAGAGGAGGUUUGGAGCAGUGGCCUGCGGUGUUGCCAUGGAGCUGUAUGUGUUUGGAGGUGUCCGAAGUCGAGAGGACAUCCAGGGCAGCGAGAUGGUCACCUGCAAAUCCGAGUUCUAUCAUGACGAGUUUAAGAGGUGGAUCUACCUUAACGAUCAGAACCUAUGCAUCCCUGCCAGUUCCUCCUUUGUCUACGGAGCUGUCCCCAUAGGAGCCAGUAUUUAUGUUAUCGGGGACCUGGACACAGGUACCAACUACGACUACGUGCGGGAGUUUAAGAGAAGCACGGGCACCUGGCACCACACGAAGCCACUCCUGCCAUCCGACCUUCGGCGCACAGGCUGUGCAGCCCUGCGCAUAGCCAACUGCAAGCUCUUCCGCCUGCAGCUGCAACAAGGCUUGUUCCGCAUCCGGGUCCAUUCCCCUUGAAGAGGAAGAGGAGCCAAAAGUGAGACCCUGCCCCAAGCGCAUCACGCGGCUGGACGGCAGCAAGCGCAGCGAAGCAGCCCCAUCUCGCUGUGUGCUGGGCUUGAGUAUGGUUACUCUUUGGUGGUUCUUUAAUGCUUAGGAGCUCAGGCUUCUGCCCUUGUCUGGAGACCGUGUACUGUUGAAAAACUACCUGGGCAGAAUCAGUUCCUCCAGCCUGAUGCGUCUGUGACCAAGGCUAGUGAAUGUCCUAGGAGGGGGUGUGGGAGUUGGUGUCACGUGAAAUAUCAAAGUUAAAACCCUAAGGUGCAUUUUCCCAGAAGGGAACUCUUACCUGACUGACUGCUGAGUGCCAGUGUGUGUGGCUGUGGUCAACAAACAACAGAAUCCAUAUAUGCAAGCCGACAUACCCGGCAUACGAGGUUGUCCUUGUACUGCGUGCAGAGGGGCAGAAUGCCUGGCCCCGCCAAGUGACUGAGGUUUGUGCAGUUAGUUCCCACUUAUUACUAGUGCUCUGUCUUAAGACUCUUAAGAACUAUAUUCUGAUGAAUUGAAACGAAGAUAAAACUCCUCUCUGGCAACAGUCUACCUUAGUAAAGAUUCAGUCACCCAAGGAGCUCAGGUCCGAAGCCUUUGUGUGAGCUUAAAGGAAUUGCUUGCCAUGAAAGAUCCUGUGCCAGACUGAGAGAGUUCUGGGGUGGUGCUGUGAGAUCGGAGGGAGCUCAGCAUACCAUUCCUCCUUCCCACCUGGAGAAGCAGAACCGUUUCCUACACUCCAGGCCUGUUAGGGCAGAGGGGACUGUAGACAGUCAGGCAAAGGAGAGGUCCGCAGUGACUAAAAACAGUGAGACAUAUAUAUAUAUAUAUAUAUAUAUAUUUAAAAAGCUGUCUAGGGAUCAAAAGGUCUGCAUCUGAUCUGUCUGAAAGCACACUAGGUCCUGUUUGUUGCUGCUUAGAGCUGCAAGCUUGUCUUUGAAUGCAGGUGUAUGUGGAAUUGUGUCUUUUGAACAGGCCGCUCCCACAGCAUAGGAGUAUAGAUGAAUUUCACUCCCAGUAACGUUUGGCUGGUAGAAUAAACUACCUCAACUUAAUUGUAUUCUGUUCCCAUUAGUACCCACCCCCAACUCCCUGUCUCUCAUCCCCACCUUCACCCUCCUGUCCACUUCCCCUUAGUAAAAAGAAUUCCUUAGUUAGUGGGAUUUAUCUCGUAAGAUAUUUUGUUUCCCAUUUAGAUUAUGGCCCCUUGGUGUGAAAUGAGGGGCUUGGCACACUCGGUUAUUUCAUAGUGUGCAAUAUCAAGUUUCUAGUCAGCUUGAUAGAGAGUUCCUCAUUUCUGUUUUCUUCAGAUUUCUUUCUCUUAGAGAAUGAGUGUAAGAGGCAACAUUGUAUCUUAGUGAUUGCUAACUGUAUAAGUACAUCCUCUGGUUAUAUUGGAGAACAGGAAUUUCUUCUCUAAACUUCCUCCCUGAGUGAGAUGUUUAUAUGCAGUUAAAGUGCAUGUAAGACAUCAAUCCUAUUUUCCUAAAAGGGUGGCCUCUCUGCGGGAUUUCCUUACACCUGCUGGGAGUCAGCACUAAGACAUUGCUAAAAAGAGGCCAGGGGGGGUGGGUGUAAAAGGGGCUGGGACCCACUUCCUAACUGCUAUGGCCUGAAGCAACUUGGCAAGAGAAGGUCUAAGGUCUUAUCCCUUGCUGUAUAGGCCACGUGUGCCACACAUUCAUGCCACCCGGGGAACUUGGUGUCAGUCCACGCCAGGCUUGGGUUGUAAUGGGUUUCAGCCAUUGUUGGCACGUUUCCCCACUGGGAAGCUUUCCAUUUAAGAAGCUGCUGCAGAGAAGCACAUUCUGCUGCUGCUGAGAUGGUGGCUUCAGAGGAGGGGAGGUGCCAGAAGGGGCCAGUUGACUAUGGUGAGCUAUCUGCCCGGGACAGAGCCGUGGCCCAGCAGAGCAGAGAGACGCUGAUGAGAGCCAGGACAGCCGUGGCAAGGGCUCUGUUUGGGUUGAUGUUUGUUUGUUUGUUUGUUUUUAACUCUGGAAAUGUAAAAUGCUUCUCCGUCUGCUUCAGGCCCCAAGGAGAUGACAGUUCCUUGUUUACAGCGACAGGUGAUGGCAGUGUCACCAGGCACUGGUGACUUGCUCAGUUCACUUUAAAAAAGAAAAAAACACAAACAAAAAACAGAACAGGUUUUCAGUUCAGUUUAUUGACACAGUAGCUGCAGAAAUUAAUGUUUUAUAAAAUAAAUCUGCAACUUAAUAUGGGAUGCAAUAUCAACAAAAGCUGCUAAGUGCCAAACUAUUAUUUUGUGUGUGUGUGUGUGUGUGUGUGUGUAAAACUCUUAUUGAACAGUAGGGCUGUAUUUAAUUUUAUUUUGAUGUUUCAAAGUCAGUCAUACCUCUUCAUAAGUCCUCUUUGAGCAUUGUGGAGCUCCUUCCGUGCAGGCUUAUUUUACUACCCCACUUGUGUCUCAGCGUCUGAGUGGUCCUUCCCUCCUCUGAAAGGCACUUUGACCAGAUGCAUGCUGUUGCAUUUGGCAACUGAGACUAGAUCUUAACAUUUGAAACACAGACAUCUUUGGGGGAAGUGAGAUUUCUUUUUACUGGAAAGUCGUCUCUCAGACUACAGUAGGCAAAUCCAGGGACUCUCCUAAGCUAGGGUCUAAAGUAGGCCUGUUGCUUGCUUGCUUGCUUGCUUGCUUGCUUGCUUUUCUAACAUAUCAAACACAGAUUAUUUUUCAAAGAUUUAAGUGCUUAAUUUGAAAUGAAGUUUGUUUGUUUGUUUGUUUAAAUCUCAAGUGUGCUUGUGUCCUGUGAGAAGAAGUGUGCAGGGCGAGUGAAUGUGCGUGCGCAUGCUGUGCCACAUGACUUGGAAGUCCGUCUGUAUAUGUUUACUUUUGAAUUGUAGUCCCAAGCUACACGCACUACUGUCUCCUGGUGCUUCAGACAAGCCCUUGAAUCCGUCGACCUUCAGUUACACAGCUGUGUCAAACACACGUCGAGUGUAAAUGUGGAACUGUUUGUAGACAGUAGUCAGUUUUGCUAGGUUGCAUCUCUCUUCCUUAGGAUUUGAAAAAUGUAUUUACCAGUUAGCGGUUGGUUCUGGAAAGGGCCGGUCUAGGGCUGAGCGUGACUGCUCCGAGGAGUCAUGGCUCCACUCCAGUUGGGCUUUUUACAUGAUCUCGCAACCAGAAGACCUGGGGGUGGUGUCCAGGCCUUGUUUGUGCUGCAGCAAGGGUUCUGUUCCGUCGCUCUGAGCACUGCUGCUAAGGUACUCUGAUGUCCAAGGUUCGAAGGUGUCAUUUUCUUCUUUAUAAGCAGGAGGGGGUGAAAGAAGAGCUAUCCUUGCUGUGGUGCCUUGGAGCCUGAAGGGCUACCAGUCAGAUGUCUGGGGAAACAGCUAGCACCGCUUGAAGGCUCCGCUUAGCAUCUCCUACCCAGUACACCACUCCAGGGGUCCAGGAGUUCUCCACCGAGUGUGACCAGCCCUGCAGUGCUGUCUUCUACAAGGCUGGCUUUCCUGAUUGCACAGCCUCCUGUGGCCAGAAAAGACACUGGAUGUUCUGGGAAGGCGGGAGGUGGCUUUCACUGUGUGCACCUAGGGGCCCAGAACUGCCUGGGAAGUACCCACAGAAGGGAGAAGCAGAGCUUCUUUGUGACAGUGACUCCCCUUUAGCUGAGGGCACUGAGGAAGCAUGACAGCGCCUGCCCUGUAUCACGCAGCAAAUACUGAGCAACUCUCAAGGGUUGCACUUGUGUUUCUGGGAACCUCACACAGAAGCAGGUGGGACCCAGCCCUCCCUGCCUGGUUUAUGAAGUCACUGGAGUUUGAGUGAGGACCCUGUCUGUUUGAGUUGAUCUGGGUUUGCAAGCAGGUACUGAGUCACAGCAGCCCAGCCUUCAUUGUGAUGCUUUGCACUAGGCAGAGAGUGUUCUCAUCGGUUCUGCUGGAUUGUAAAUGAAAAGCUGUGUGCAUCGGUGGGCUGGCCUAUGGAGCAGGAAAACUAGGACAGAAUCAAAAAUUCCAAGUGCCUUGUGUACCAAGCACAUGCCAUGUCUCCAAGUGCUUCUGUGGGACAGUUGAAGCCCCGUGCACGUGCACCUCAUAAUGCUCAUCAUGUUCUCGUUAGGUAGAUUUGCUGCAUCUUAUGUGAGCUUAGAGUCUUUUCUAGAAUGUUCUGCUUUGAUCAUUUCCUGGGUGAGGUGGGUGCAGACUCUCUCCUCCUCCUACCAGGGGCAUUCGGUUGUGAGCAGCAGCCAAAUGCAGACGCCAGAUCUUUGGCUUCCCAAGGGCAGUCUACCAAUUCAACAGGAACUUGAUUUCUCUCUUGGCACACGGGUGUUUUUAUUUCUAAAAAGUAUACAUCACUUGUAGCAUGGUUCCAGCUUCCAGAACCGAGCCUUUCCAGCUGAAAAAACUGAACAGCCUUCGCUUCUCCCUGUCAGUUAGCUGUUGGAAGUCUUAGGCUUUACUGAGUGUCUUCUAGAAGCAAGGUGGGGUUUGCGAUUAAAGGCUAAAGCUAACACUUCACUGAAUUUGUCCGUGCAGUCAGAGGUGGGGGAAACUGCCUUGGCACGCUGAGGGUCUUUCUGCCUUUUGAAUAGUCCCCAGAGACUCCUUACAGCUCCACUAGCUAUACACUUACGGUUAUGGGGUAGGCACGAGAGCGAGCCCAUUGGCCCAGAGAGGCGAGGAACCUCCGCUCAGGAAGAUGACCCACCCCUGCUCUCUGUAAAGCCGUGGCCAGGCUGAGCUAUAGGCUCAGCUCCCAUUUUUGCAUCUAUGAGUAGCUCUGCCUUCUGCCUAGCGAGUUCUGUCCCUUCUUUUACUUUUAAGCAUUUUAGCCCUGACAGUAGAUUUAGGGGCCCUGUUCCGUCGUUCUUCUUCACCAGACAUGGAGAAGAUAUACACCUUAGACACUGGUGCUGAAUUUCUUCCGGCAGCACCAGAGAAGUCUCUGUUGCCUGCUUUGUGGUGUUUCUUGGUUAACUGGAUAGGUAGUGCUUACAUUCGCUCCCGUUCUUAGUGUCUGCUGUCAGUUACCUCACAAUGUAGCGUUGGACUUGGUUCCCUGACAGAUGAGAAGAAUUCAGUGUUCUGUCCCGUAACAAGAGCCUGGAAGCAAGUGGUGAGCAGCCUGAAGCGUUGGGUCCUCGGGGCGUGUUUCCCAUCCCCCCCCCCUUUUUUUUUUACUAGGCACUUUAAACCUGGAGGAGCGGUAAUUCUUCUGGGGCUACUGCAAGGUGAUUACUUGAAACUCAACUUGAACUUGAAAAGUUUAAAAGGCUGUGUUUUCCUGUAGCAGAAAAGCAGCCUAUGUACACAGAAUAGAGGGCUUAGUUUCUGUCCUUGUCAGGAUCAGAGAGGCGAGCGCUUGUCUGAUCCGACACAGUUUGCAACUUAGGCGCCUGAGGCUGCUGCUGUGGUCCUCGGAAGGUGCUGUUGUUUCUUGGGAGUUUUCCCUCUUUAACUGGCUCCUCCCUCCCUCCCUUCACUUUCUCCCCUUCAGUCCUGGUAGACCAGGUGUCGGAAUGAAGCAGAUAUGUCCCAGGUUCAAGAUUGAGGUUGUCCCAACUACCUCGAAUCACAUUCAUGACUGACGGGUGCGACUUGUGUCACACAACAGGGGACUCGCCUACACUUAAUCCCUGCAUACCAGUUCUCCACACCACCAGUAACAGAGCCUCAAUGCCCCUGCCUCUGGUCUCCCCUGGACCCCAAGUCAGGGUAAAGUUGCUGAGGGACCUCUGUCAUUGGAGACCCUCUCCCGGGAGUUAGCUCUCGUGGAAGUGGCCACAGUUAGACCUGGCCUUCUUAAAUGGAAGGCUUGGGUAGACAAUAGUAGUGAGGGGAACCCUGUGCUCUUCUCAGAGCCCCACCCUCUCCUCAGCCCUGCGAUUCCCUCACAUGAUUAGACUAACUAGAGAACAUCAUGCAAUAAACAUUAAAUUGUGUGGUGACGCCUUUCACAGUUGGCCCAGAGACUAGAAAAUGGCAGAGCUUCUCCUCAGGUGGCAGUAUAUGGCAGUGUCUGAGCCCAGCUGAGCUGGCAAUAGGAGCGCCCAAGAGAACAUAUCUCCCUUUCCUGCUUUGGCCUCUGAUCCAUGCUGUCAGUUGUUCUAGGAACAGGUCCCGCGGCCAGGAGCGUGGGCUCUGGAGUUAGAGAACCCGGGGUUGCAGACUUGUGUCACCUGUCUUCUGGUCUCAGGACUCGGUUCAGUUUGUCUUUGGAGGGAGGGCAGUGUGGGUCUUGACCUCUGUGGGCUCUAAAGAAAGGGUGACUGGGGCCUGGGCCUCUGUGGGCAUCAGUAGCGAUGGCACAGUUGUCUCUUUGGUCAUGUCUACUGUCCAUGCAGACAGUGCUAUGAGACGCUGGGCCAGUAGGGCCCUGGUUGGGAGCUGUGCAUUCCUGGCCCCUAUCAUUGCCUGGCCCAGUGUCUGCCACCUCCUUAGAAAGCAGCCGACAUCUGUGCCAAGAAAGUCCUUUCCCUUCUGGACACACACCACACACCCCACCUCUCAUCUCCAACACUGGGGUGUCUCAGAAAGAACCCCCCCCCCCAAGACCUUGUGCUGAAGUGUUCAAGAGCGCAGUCAAGCCAGGCGUGGUGGUGCACUCCUUUAGACCCAGCAAGUGGGUGACAGAGGCAAGUGGAGCUCCGUGAGUUUAAAGCCAGGCUGGCCAACAUAGGAAGUACCAGGACAACUAGAACUACAUAGAGAGACCCUGUCUCAGAACACAUAAGAAUGUGGACAGCACCCUCUUUUCAGAGCUUGCCUGAUGGAUCUCUAAGGAUCUUUAAAGUCCUUUACCAAGGCGGAACUUUUCGUUUUCACCAGAAUUUCAAAUUUGUCAUCUGGGUUGACCACGUAAACCUGUGCUGCUGAACGAGGCUUAGACUUAAGCUGCUUCUUUAACUUGGAUGUUGGAUGUGGGAACCGCUACCCUCUCUGUGUGUCCACGUGGUGAAGGCCAUGCUUCCAGCCUGGAGGUUCUAGGCAGGUGUGCAGCGUGAGGCCUGAGCAUCCUGGAGCCGUCUUAGCAGGUGACCAGGCCCUGUAAAGGCCUUUAGGCUCUGGCCCAGUGGUAGGCAUAGAAAGGAGCAUUUCAGGCCAGUAGGCAGAACUACAGAAUUUCAGUAGCUUAUUUAUCUUGUGCAUUUUCUUCUUUUUUUUUUUUUUUUUUUUUUUUUUGAGACAAGAUCUUAAACCUUCUGCCUCUGCUCCCAUCAGGUGGAAUGACGUUAGGGUGACAAUGACAGGGUGCCUCCCGCAGUUCUCACUGAUGGUGUCUGCCAGCACCACCAGGGGCCCACUGCGCUCAGGACAGUCCGUGUGGUGCUCUGCCCACAUCCAGCGCUCUCUCAAGCCAGGAGCUCUAGGAACUGUUUAUUUAGUAAAAAGGAGUCAUUCCAUGGGUCCUGUAAGGUAGUCCUGUUUCCUGUCUAGGCUUUGACUUAUGCCCUCCACUGCUUGUCAUCACUUUGGUCCCUUCCCAGGGUGCCUCAUGGUCCGGCUUGCCCUAAUGGUCCUUCAUUUCUAGGGAUCUCUUUAAGCCAUGAUGCCCAUCAGAAGCAUCAUGUUCCCUUAGCACAGGUUUUGUUUGAAGUUCGUUGCCGCCUCCCCUGCCUGCAGCUAGAGAUUGACCCUCAGGUCUCCCAGGCUGGGCUGGGUGCCCAGGAAGGUGCUUAGCGAGCUCAGCCAACGUCCCCUGGGAGCUGGUGUGGUUCUUUGUUACCUCUUGUGAAACAUUUCUAGGGAGCCCCUUCUUUUAUUCCUAUCCUGUCUUCUGUGGUGAAAGCUCGCCAGAGGGCCCCUCAGCCCUCCCUCAGCCCUCAGGUUCCCUUCAACCCUGUGGGCAUAGGAGAGCAGCCUCGGCUGGUGAGAAAACCCCCCAGAUUCCCUCCCCAUCCUCAGGGCACAGGGCUGUUUUCCUGGAAGGAGCUGGCUGAGAACAGAGUCCUUCCCACAGCCCUCUGGAGGGAUGGAUCUAGAUCCGGUCAUUAGAGCAUCCUCAGUAAACUCUGCUGGCUUUCAAGCCCCCAUAUCCUUCUCCCCACCUGGCUUCCUAGUUGCUUGAGCUGUGUCAAAAAGAAACAAGGGAAGGAGAGUCAGCAAAGUAGCUUAACAGAUAAAGCUUGGUAACUUAGUGAGUAGCUUGGUAACUUAGUGAGUUUCAUUCCCAGAACCCAUGUGGGAGAAAGAGAAAAUUGAUUCCCACAACUUGUCCUCUGGCCCACACA